AUGGCUGACGUGUUUGUUGAUUUGGUUGCACCAAAUGGUGUCAGAUACACUCAGCCAAAAGGUCUCUUUAUCAACAACACCUUUGUUCCCUCUAAAUCCGGAGCUACAAUUGACAGCAUCAACCCAGUAGACCAACAGCGUAUUAUAUCUGUUUUCGCAGCCGGCGCAGAUGACGUUGAUAUUGCUGUGAAGGCAGCUCGUGCAGCGCUCAGUGAUCCCUCAUGGAAGUCAUUACCCUCGUCGCAGCGAGGAAGCCUGAUGACUGAGCUUGCCAACUUAAUUGAUGGGGAUAAGAAGACUUUGGCAGCUAUUGAGUCUUGGGACAAUGGGAAGCCAUUCAAAGCAGCUUUGAAUGAUGACUUGGAAGAAGUCAUUAAAAUAUUUCGCUACUAUGCGGGCUGGGCGGAUAAGAUACACGGCGAAACAACGGUCCUUUCAGGCACGGGUCAAAGUCUGGCGUAUACUAUUCGCCAGCCAGUUGGUGUCGUGGGCCAAAUCAUCCCCUGGAAUUUUCCAUUGGCCAUGGCAGCAAUGAAAUUGGCACCUGCUCUUGCCUGUGGAAAUACCAUCGUCAUGAAAGCUGCGGAGCAAACACCAUUGAGUAUUCUCUUCCUGGCAACUCUUAUUCAAAAGGCUGGCUUUCCACCCGGUGUGGUCAAUAUUCUCAACGGUCUGGGCGGGGUGACUGGUUCUAGUAUCGUGACCCACCUGGACGUGGAUAUGGUUGCGUUUACAGGCUCGACUGCAACGGGUAAAGAGGUCAUGCGUCUAGCUGCUGGGACCUUGAAGCCUAUUCUUCUUGAAACUGGCGGAAAGUCCCCACUAAUCGUUUUUGAUGAUGCAGAUCUUGAACAAGCCGCUAAAUGGGCUUGUUUUGGUGCAAUGUACAAUCAAGGGCAGAUUUGUACCGCAACAUCCAGAGUCCUUGUGCAUGACAAAAUAAUGCCUCGCUUCAUGGAGUUGUUGAAGCAAUCCAUCGCGAUUAUCAAGGUAGGAGAUCCUUUCCAUGAAGGGACUUCUCAAGGAGCCCAGAAUAGUAAGCUGCAGUUUGACAAAGUGCUCGAGUAUAUCGAGAGUGGAAAGUCAGAGGGUGCUACCGUGGCGACAGGAGGAACCGCAGUUCCUGGACAGGGGCUGUAUAUUUUACCUACCGUCUUCAUCGACGUCAAAGAAGACAUGCGCAUUUGGAAGGAAGAGAUUUUUGGCCCUGUUCUUGUGCUGAAGAGCUUCCGUGGGGAAGAAGAAGCUGUUGCCUUGGCAAAUAACACAGUCUAUGGGCUUGGUGCAUCGAUAUUCACUAAGGACAUUCAGCGAGCACACCGUGUUGCUGGAGACAUAGCAGCUGGAACCAUCUGGAUCAAUAGCAGCAACGACGGUGAUGUGCGGGUCCCCUUCGGUGGGAUGAAACAAAGUGGGAUCGGGAGGGAGCUGGGCGGAGAAGGAUUGCGGGCUUAUUACCAGACUAAGGCCGUUCACAUCAACGUCGGUAAUAUUCUAUAG